AUGAUACUUAGUAUCUGUGCCAAAUCGGGUCACAACUGGUAUGGAGCAGUUAAUAGUGAGGGACGAAAAGGAUUCAUUCCUGUCAACUUUGUUGAGAAAUGUUUUACGUUCCGCGCUGUUGAACUCGAACCCGUGUUAUCGUUUCAUGGGGAUAUAAGCAGAAGAGAGGCUGAGAUGCUUCUUAACCCUCGCGAAGACGGAUUGUUUCUGAUAAGAAACAGUGGCCACUAUAAGGGGGACUAUGCGAUUUCGGUCUGCUGUGGUCACAAAGUUGAGCAUUACAGAGUCAGAGUGAGUGACGGUGAAGAACUUACAGUAGACGAUGAAUUUUCUUUUGGAAGUCUCCCCAAAUUAGUAGAGCGUUAUUCAAAGGACCCAGAUGGACUAUGUACGAGAUUAGCAAAACCUGCCACGUAUAAAGGAGAAACAUUUUAUACCAGCAUCGAUCGGUGGUGUUUUGAUAACGGUGGAUGGGAAAUAAACCGCACAUGCCUUUAUUCAAGGAACUGCAUAAGAAGGGGAGACUUUGGGGAUAUUUUUCAAGCCGAAUACCUUAGUCACAAAGUGACUGUGAAAAAAUAUUCAGCAAAGAGCUAUCAAGAUGUUCAAGCGUUUUUACUUGAGGCUGCCAUCAUGACGAAACUACAGCAUAGGAAUAUUGUGACAUUAUUAGGAGUGUCAUCGACCGAAGACCCUUUCUACCUUGUGACAGAGUUUUGUGCAAAGGGAAAUUUAUUGGAAUUCUUGUCGGGAAGAGGCUCAAGUACAAUCCAGGAAGAUGAUCUUGUGAACGUUGCUCAGGAUGUAGCUCGCGGUAUGGAGUAUUUACAAUCCAAAAAUGUAGUACACAGGGCGUUAAUGGCGAGGAACAUUUUGAUAGAUGAAGAUGGAACAGCAAAGGUGUCUGAGUUUGGACUUGCACAGAUGUACAAUUCAAGUUCUGAGCGGAAAAAUACUUCUGACAAGUGGGCAGCUCCAGAAGCAAUCAGAGAGGGGAUAUUUUCCCCCCAGUCCGAUGUGUGGAGUUAUGGUGUUUUAUUAUGGGUGCUUUUUUCGUUUGGUGAAAAUCCAUAUUCUGAGCUGCCUGCAGACCAACUAGUCGACAAGAUCGAAAAAGGGUACCGAAUGAAAUGUCCUAAAGCAUGUAAUACCGUCAUCUAUGGUAUGAUGAGCAACUGGUGGAAUAUUGAUCCAAGGGAACGUCCAAGUUUCAAAGAGAUUUAUAAAUUAUUGGCCAACUAUUUUUACGAUGAGGUGCCUAAAGAAAUUCGUGCACGAGGACGUUUGGCUUUAAAGGCCUACAAAAAGGCUCUGUCAGAAGGGAAGACAUGUGUCAAACGCGUGCCAAUCAUGUUAAUUGGGCAGGACCGCUCCGGAAAAACCAGCCUUGCGAAAUCUCUCAAAGGAGAGCGAUUCAACUUGGAGGAAGNG